CACAGAAAAUGGAUGCUCGCGUGGAUGACCGCAAAAUUUGCCUCGAGAGGAACCCACUCUGCGUGAAUACACGAUCGAUCAAAAUGUAAACUCGAUUCAAUACGGAUAAACCCGGAUAAGUUUAAGGUAUUUCCACAAGAACUUGCCAAUAGACACGGUAUAUGAUGGCGACGGAAACCUGAUGCACUUCAUUCCCAACAUUCGAACCAUUCCCAGUCAGAAAAAGACCAUGCAGCUAUUGUUCAACAAAUAUGUCUACACCAGAAGCAACACUCACGGAAACACCACCUACUGGCACUGUCGCUGCCGUCGCAACGGUAGAAGCCCCUGCAACGCUCGUUUUCUCAUCACCAAGCUCAAGAACGGGCGGUACAAGGUUUGUCUGUCCCAGCCGGAGCACAAUCAUCCGCCUAAGAAGCGCCGCUAUAAGCAAAUUGCUUAGACGUUAAGACGAUUGAAAUAUAAAUGAGCCAUGAUUUGGCAAACAGCA